AUGAAGCGUCCGCUCGAAGACAUUAAUGAGGGCGAAGAUGUGAAACCUGUCAUUGCUGAGGAGAGCGAUGACAUUGUUCCACCGCACGAUGUCAGCAAAGAAGGAACUCCGUCCUCUCCUUAUUUCUCAGAGCAAUACCGCAACCUCAUGGAUGGCACAGAUGCCAUCGUAGGUAUGCUGGAAGAGCCCCUCAAAAAUAGCAAAUAUCAGGAUGCCACAGUAGCGGGCCUACUCGCCGAGAUCAAGCAACGGACGACGAGCAAUUUCCCGGAGGAAGUCAGAAUAGCUCUGGUCGGUGACAUGAAGUCAGGCAAGAGCUCAGUGAUCAACUCCAUACUCAGUCUCGGUAUGGUUGCUCGUCAGGGCGAUGCUGGUAGCAGCUGUACUUGGGUCGUACAGGAGUUUGGCUAUCUCUUCCCAGGGCAGGAGAAACCAUUCGCUGCCAAGGUCUUCUUCUUCUCGCAAGAAGAACAACAUGAGAUCAUACGGAACUUGGUUAGCGACUACUGCCGAGCUUGCAACGGGGAUGAAGAGGCUACUGAGGGCUCCAAGAGUACUGAUCAGAGCAUAGAGGACUUCGCUGUCAAACGCACGGUCAUAACAGCUUUUCGCGCUCUCUUUAUCAAGCACAACGAGUUCAACACUACGUCUGCAGCGAAUGGCUUCCUCUCUGCAGCUACUUCUGGAGAUGAUGAACACAUCGUUGACACUCUAUGUGAAUGGGCCGAUGAGCUCAUGUCAGAGACUUUGGGAGAGGAAGCAUUCAUCUCUGAGGAUGCUGCCACUACGCAGACCCUGCUCUGGCAUUUGGCCCCGUUCAUGACAACGGUCGAGGAGCGUGACGACGAACCAAAUCCUUCCCUCUGGCCUCUGGUCAGCCACAUUAAGUUCGGGCUCGAUGUGGCUCUACUCAAGCACAAUAUCACUCUGGUCGACCUCCCUGGACUCUCCGACGCCAACAAGACCCGUGUGGCAAAUGCGAUGAAACAUCUUCAGCUUUGUACACAUUACAUGGUCGUUGCAGAAAUCGGUCGUGCCGAUGACGACAAAUUCAUUCGAGAUGCACUGAAGAGAGGGCAAGUCACGCGAGGGGAUGCGAGGACAAUCCUGGUCCUCACCCAUUCUGAUUCCAUUGAUGAUGAAACCGACGUCACUGGCACCACGAAAGACUUCCAAUUCUUGCGAGAUCUGGAGGACGAGAUUCAGCGAUUGGAGCACAGCAAGGACAAGGCAGUGUCUCAGGUGAGAUUCGCGCGAGGCGCGGCGAAAUAUCCAUUCAUGGCGGAGCGAGACAUGCUUGUUGCGGACAUCAAUGCGCGGACUAGGGAGCAUCGACAACGUCGCAUUCAUAUGCGCAGUCAUGUCGUCUGCCUUCAAAUGCAAGAACUGUAUGCGGAGCUUACCAACGAUCCGAACAAACUCCCGGUCUUCUGCGUCGGUAAUGCAGCUUACAAAAAGUAUCAGGCUGGAUUCAGUAUUGACGAUCCCAACCAGCCGGCACUCACUGUGCAGGGCACCAACAUCCCAGCAUUGCGGAAGCACCUCCUUCUUGCGCCCGCCGAAGCGAAGUUGAACGAAGCGAGACACAUGGUGGCUACCCAGCUCCCCAUUCUUCUUUCGUGCUUCAGCAUGUAUGUCUCCAAGACUCACCUCGAUCGCAAGGAUGAAGUGGAGAGUAUGAUCAUCGAGCCACAGAAUCGAAUCCCAUCGAUAGUGGCCAAAAUCUUCAAGGGGUUCAGCGAACAAAUUGAAGGAGAAGUUCUGGACAAGAUCCGCGGCGAAGAAUUCGACUGGUCAGGUGAAGCGCAAGAGCUUCUCCAGGGCUGGGCGAAAUCAUACAGCACACCACAACAUCUAGCUUUGCUCAAAAGAUAUGGGCACAAGAAGGGCCGCGGAAAGAACGCAGCUGAUACGUCCUGGACUGGUGAACUCAUUUCACUUCGUUCGUCAGAAGUGCGUAGCUUCUUUGACGAUUUCAUGAGGAACGUCAACGAAGCUCCAAAGAACAUAACCAAACAGCUCUAUCGACUUCUAGGAGAGACCAUGUUGAAGAUCAAGAGCGACCCACAGGUCAAACUGAUGGCUCUCCAGCCAUAUCUCGAAUACCUGUUCCAAGAAAGAGGGAACAUAGGUAACUUCGUUGAUCGAAGCGUCAGAGUUUUGCGCAGAGACCUGGGUAAUGUCGUAGGAGCUGUCACAGGCGACAAUGCUGACAAUCACAUCGUGAUUGCCAUGCAACCGAUCUACGACCACGCACAGAGCAUCAAGGGCAGAGUCGGUACGCCGAAAGAUCGCGCGCGCGUCUUCGAAACCGAUGUGAUCAAGAUCGACAAUGGUGUCUGGAUGAAGGCCCACAGACUUGUCAAACAGCAACUUGAAGAGAUUCUUCGCAAGCAUGAGGCAGCUCUGCUUGGGGCGGCUGACACCUUCUUUAAGGGACUCCAGGAUAAGUUCCACGUCAUGUGCUCGGCCAAGGAAGUCGAUGAUCCAGACGAGAUCGAGCUUCGCGAGAAGCUACAGAAGAUGCUUGUGUUGGCGAAUGAAAAGCUGGCUACUGAGGUCAAACCGGCUGCGGAUGCAUUGUUCGACGCGAAAUAG